CCCCGCCCCCGGCUCCGCGCCCUCUGGCCACUUGGACAGUCCGCGCCAGGUGAUGCGAGGUCGUGUGCAGCCUCCUCGUUGAGCUCCGCCGCAGGUUCCGCCCAUCUCCCUGGACCGCGGGCUGCAGUCGGUCCCCCUGGCCAGGACGCCCUUUGGUCCUGCCCUACAGUGAGCCCAGCGAGGCUGCCACGCCCCCAGCCACGUCAGCUCCGCACCCAGCAUGGAGCCCCAGGACCCCAGUGUGCAGUACAGCAGGUGGGAUGAGGUCAGAGUGGGGGCUGCGUCCAGCCCGGAAGAGGCCCCCUGCUGCGAGAGGCUCUCCCGGAAGCUGUGCUCGGGCCGGCUGGGGGUCACCAUGAGGAUGCUGGGAGGAGUGGCCCUCUUCUGGGUCAUCUUCAUCUUGGGCUACGUGGCCGGCUACCUAGUCCACAAGUGCAAAUAGUGCCGCCGGGGCCACGGCCACGGGCACAGGCCGGGGGCCUUCAUGCAGACCCCCCAACACACAUCCUAUACAGACUCCCCCAUACAUGCAUCUGUACAGGCUCCCCCCAUAAACAUGCAUCUGUAUACAGACCCUCCCACAAACAUGCAUCUGUAUGGACUCCCCCCAUAAACACGCUUCCCCCUAUAGACCCUCCUAUACACACGCAUCUGUAUACAGACCCACACACAUGCAUCUGUACAGAUUCCCCCAUAUACACGCAUCCCUAUAUAGAUUCCCCCAACACACAUCCUAUACAGACUCUCCCCACAGACAUGCAUCUAUAUACUGGCCCCUACAUACAUGCAUCCCUAUACAGACCCCCACAUACACGCAUCUGUAUAGACUCCCCCCAGAUACACGCAUCCCUAUACAGACCCUCCCCUAUAUACAUGCAUCGGUAUACAGACACCGCCCCCCACACAGAGGCCCCCAAGUGCGCUGAGGGGAGCCGUGUGUGCCCCUCUGCCCGCCCUCCCAGGGGCCGAGAGCUGUUCCUGGAAGACACUUCCCAGGCAGAGCAGGGAGCGGCCUCCACUCUCACCCCUGGUCUGCCCGCUUCUUUCCUUCCGCUGGGGAAGAGUGUAUUAGUCAUUAAAUUAAAUGUCUGUUGA